UUUAGUCAGUAUCUGACUGUACUUCAGUCAUUUUUGUAUAUUAAUUUGAUUGAGAUAUUCAUUCCAUCAAUUUCGCCGCGUGAGGAAAAAUUUGCUAAGUGUUUUAUUUUGUAAUUUCUUUAGCUGUAUCAAAUGGAUCUGAGAACAAAAAUAGUGGAACAUCUCGCAUUAACAAAUAAGCUCGGGUUAGCAGUUAGAGAAGUCGAGCAUAAGGAUUUACCUGUAGACUAUGUGGCAAACGUAUAUGGACUCGAGUUCCAGAUUUUAUACAAAAAAAAAGAAAUUAGAAGAUGCAAAAGCAACUUUGAUGGUAAAAGACAAAAAAUCAAACGUGCAGUAAGAGAUAUUAUUGAAAAAGGUUUAACAUAUGCCAGCGUUUCAAAUUGUUACAAAGUUCGUACUAACAAGUUAUGGUUUGAAGUAAAGACGGCCCGUCUUCGAGGGCUUCAGAAUUACCAAUAUGACAGACACGAUCCACAUGGCCCGAGGUUACUUACAUACGUGCAAGAGGAAAUACUUUUGGAAUAUUUGAUAAACUGGAAAAGUGCAUCGUCGAAAACCACUUGCACUUGUCAGCUUUGCGCAUUGGAACAUCUAUUAAGAUUUGUUCGCGGAUUAGCCCAACAUAAUAAUAUAGGACUGUCAUCUGAAUUCAAAGCGAAUAAAAUUACUGAUGUGGAAAUUCAGUGGUUAAUAAAUUUUGAAAUGAAAUUCAGCGAAGAAAUUUUCAGAUCGUUCUGGCCUAUAAAAAAUUGCACGAAACAAACAGACAAGUAGGAAAUUACAAAGUCGAUUUGUUUGAAAUAUGUCAGUUUGCUAAGUAGUUAAUUAAAUAUUAAGUACCAAAGAAAUAUUAACUGGUCAGUUAAAUCAUUGACGAAAUGUCCAUAUGAAAUUUUAGGAGGUAAU